AUGAAGAGACUAUUUCUACGUUGUAGAGAGAUUGGUGUUGCGGGAGAUACCACUGAGAAAGAUUUGGUUGGAAAGAGAGACGGAUCAAAUGUUUUGAUCGUCUUCAUCUGUAUCUUCAAUUUUCGAUGUAAGACAAACCUGAACAAAAAACCCGGCCAGCAUAAAUUACCAAAUUCCCUUACGGAACCAAAGACCUCUUACAAAUUGUGGAUACCAUCACAGCUGGAUAGCACUGAUGAAAUGUGGUUCAUGUCAAUCAGAAAACGAGCAGAAAACAUGACUUUACCGGAAGUAUCUAUAAAGAAACAGAGUUUCUUCCUAAAAGUAUAUCCAGAUCAGAAGUGCAUCCGCAGUAAUUUGAGCUCUGCAGAAGAAUUUUAA